UACGUAACUCUCACUAGCACCGACAGCUCAGCAAUAACAAGCAUUUCUUCAAGCAUCACCUAACGAGCGCUCCACUCAAUGGGAUUCUGCGCAAAACAUAGAAGAGGAAAACGUUUUACAGUGCUAAUUUAACGAAUCAUAGGCUAUCAGAAACGGACCGCAUUUCUACUCGACAUUUUAACGAAAUAGGCUAUUUACAAAUCUGAGCACAUUUCUUGAGCUUCUUUCUGUAAGCGGAUUGAGGAAUGAUCAACCCCAACUCCCCACCUCCAGCUCCGUUCUGUCAUUUGUAGGAGCGCUUCGCAGCAUGCUAUUUCGGAGAAGAGGGGUCGAUCACCGACCGAGGCCCGCAGCUACGCUUCUGAACCAGGUUGCAGUCUUUGCAACCUUUGUUGCAAUGAGCACUUGCAUGACAGGAUCUUCUUCGGUGUGCCCGCGGAGCCUGGACUGUGCCCGAGCAGGGCGUCACUUCUGCCAGCCAGGCAGCUCACACUGUGGCCCAUGCCUCAGCCCGCUGGUGGAGAACCUUCACGGCCGAUGUGUGGUGAAGAGAAGGGACGCUCACAACUCUCAUUUUGACAAAGUGACCACUUUCCCUGAACUGGACGAAGAGAUAGACUUCCUGUCAACCAUCAUUAGCAAACAGAAGACAGAGUCAGCGGUCAAACAUCCAGCUCCUCUCUCACAGAAUGUUCCCAUAGCCAUGGAGGAGGAGGUGGAGGAAGAGGAUGACAGAUCAAUGAUUCUCAAACAGCGGCCCACCACAGAACAGCACACCCCCCCCAGUCCACCCGCUGGGGCCCCCCCAUCUAUUACUACUACAGCCGCUGCCCCCACAAUGACAGCGUCCGCCACCACCCACGUCCCAGAUGUCCACAGUGGGCCCCUGAUCAUCCCCUACCCCCCCAACGAUCAUGUGUUUAUUGUCAUGACCAGUGUGUUUCUGGUCCUGGGAUCUGUAGCCUUGCUCUUGGCAAGCGUCUGUUGGAUCAGGUUGCAGAGGGGGGUGCAUCUGGCCCAGAAGACAGACUAUCCCGCUUAUGGGGUGGCGGGAGCCCAUUCCUAUGACAACAAUGUGCCUGGGGAUAAGAAGCUGGCUCAGAGUGCCCAAAUGUACCACUACCAGCACCAGAAACAGCAGAUGCUUUCCCUGGAAAAACACAGGAAUGAACCCCGGGUCCCUGACUCUGGGGCCACCUCAGACGAGGAGAACGAGGACGGGGACUUCACUGUGUACGAGUGUCCUGGGCUGGCACCGACUGGGGAGAUGGAGGUGAAAAAUCCUUUGUUUGAUGACUCGACAGUUUACCUUCAGCGGAGCCACAAGUAACCAUAUAAACCCGUAUGCGUUCUGAUAUGCACGUAUAAAACAUAUCCUACAUUUACAGGAAGAGCUGAUAACCCUUACUCACUCACUUACCUACAAAUAUACAGCAGGUUUCUCCCUAACCUCUCGUCAUCCCACAUGGCACGCCUGAUGUGCUGGGGCAACGAGUGUUUAAGCAGAUAAUAAAUGGAGUGGUUGUGAGGAAAACUGACUGAAACGUGAGGAGGACCGGAAGCGGAGAUAGGCCAUACAGACUUUAUAUCUGAAUGGCUGUUUGAAUCUAAACCUCCUGUUGAGACUGAGUGAAGCCUGGGACCAAUGACAUCUCACCUACGUGAUAUUUACACAAUCUCUACGUGAUCUCUCCAUCACCUGUACAUUGUUUGUGUCUGGCCUGCCUAACAUAAACCAUGCCUUCCUCAUUUAUUUAUUUAUGACAGCUCUUACCUCUUUUGGAACGGAUCCUGUAAUAUCCUCUUGUGUUUUUCUGUCAAACGUAACUACCUGACUGAAAAGAUUAGUGUGUACGAUAAUGGAUAAAACCUCAUAUGACUGCUUGAGACUCAUGGGUCAUGGUCACACAACAACAAGCAGAAGAAUCUGACAGAGAUGUACAAAACCUGAACUCACUACAAGAAAUGUUUGUUUUUGUGUUCGGUUGCAAAGUGUUUCACUCUGGUGUGGGUUUAAGAGUACAACCCUCUUUUAUAUGACAGAUUCCAACAGACCGCUUGAGGAAGAGAACGGAGAAGUGCAGUGUUAUGGGCCUGUGGUUAGCAGCCUGAUUGUUACAUUUUACAGUCUGUGAAGACUAUGACUAUAAGUUUGAUGGUUCAUAUUUUCUGAAUGUUACCCACUGGGAUUUUCCAUUAAAUAAACAGGUCAUGUGAAAAUCCUACUUCACCAAACAUGCUACAGUGAGCAGUGUGGUUAUACACCUCAGGCUUGUUGAAGACACACGCACUUUGUGGCAGAACCACUUUUCUUAAAUCACAGACAGCAGCCUGUUCGACCUGUUGUCAGUACUUGUUUUAAAGCCUACUCCUAGACAGGAAAAGCAUUGAUAAUCUUUGGAAAAUUCACUUGAGAAAUUGGCUUAAGGGGAUAUUUCUGUGUACACGUAAGACCUAAUUUUCAGUGCUGUAGUAUCACUCAGACUGUUUAUUAAUCUAUCAAAGAUCCAUCUUUAGUUGGCUAACAGGCCUACGCGUUACUAACCAUAGCGGAUAGACUUGCCCAUAAAAGAAGUCACAGGAAUCUGUCCAACAGCGUCCCCUCAUAAAACUCUGCAGCCGCCUCUUUGUAGGCUGUACAAACCUCAAUAUCAAACCACUAUUUAAGACACUAAAUGUGAAUAUCUCAAAUUGUCCAAACAAAAGGUCAAAACAGGAAGCACACACUUUGAUUCAAGCAUUAGGUAAGAAUUGAUUGGAAAUGGUACAAUUCUAAAGUUGUUAGUGGUAGUAAUGGGACAGACUGAAUGUUUGUUCUCUUAAAUGUCACCCUAUUCCCUACCUAGUGCCCUUCUUUUUACCAGAUCCCUAUGGGCUUGUAGUUCACUAUGUAGAAAAUAGGGUAAAAAAUAAAUAAAUUGCCAUCCCAAAAAUCAGAAUCAUCUCAUCUUCAUUGCUCAGAAAUGUUCAUUUUGGUUUCAUUAUUUUUUUAUAUAUAUACAGAAUGUGAUUUUAAUGUUUCAGAGAUGGAUAAAUGCAGUACAUACAGUAAACCUUUAAGAGCUCUGUCAUGUAGCGAUUAUAUUGUCAGUAUUUAUGGUCCCUCUAUGCAUGACUUGAUGACGCUUUGUUCUGCUGAAAAGGGGAUGUAAGUCAAUAUGCAUUUAUGAUUCUUACAAGUUUCUUGUGUAAACUUGCUUCUGAUAUUUAGACAACUUGAAUGAUUUCCAAGGAAUUUGGAACUUGUUUUACAGAACUCUGAACCAGAGCAAUUCCGUCUUGUACAUAUCGUAUCAAUCUAAUGACCAUGGUUUCUCCCCAUGAUUUGUGAUGUUAAUGUAAAUAGCCACUGAUGUGAGAUAGCAAACUAUCACUAACAAUGUAUUUGUACACAGUUAUUAUUAUAAUUAUUAUUAUUAUUAUUAUGCUAUAUUUAUGAUUGCCGUGUCAAAGGAACCACUGUUUUCUUCUUUGUGUUCCAAAUGGCGCCCUAUUUCCUACAUAGUUCAUUGCUGAGUGUAGUGUACUAUGCAGGUAAUGCUUUGGAAUGCACACUAAAGUCUGUUCAGAAGUUGCCUAUUGCUGUUGUCUCUCAGGAAAGCUGAUGUCAUUAGCUUCUAUUUACUUAACCGUCUCCUUAAGUGUCUGCCUCUUAACUCUCAUACUAAAGUAGAAGGAAGUUGUCCAAUGCUUACCGUGAUGAUUUGUGGGUGCAGACAAUUGCAAUUGCAUUGGUGGGCUUCAAGAACAAUGUAUUUUAGAUAAAAGAGGAUUGGACUCUAAAAAUGGACCUAUCCACUGAUGUUGGCCGAGACUACUUGUAAUGGUUAUGAAUAUCAAACCUUUGACUGUUUUACCAUUGACCUACCUACAUUAACACUGGCCGUGUUUGCAACAUGCAGAUAACUUUUUCCAAAUUCCCAGGCUUUCCACAAAUCUUGGCUUAAGGAUUGAACGUUGUCAUUGGCUUUCUCUCGUGAAAGCGGAUGGUUAAGGACUGCCAAUAUCAACAGCACCCAUUCCCCCAACCCCCUUCUCUAACUGGGAGUGAUGAAUGACCUAUUGGUAUCACUGGGAUUGUUGGACAUGAUGCAUGUAGAUAUGAUCAGAACAUGAUAUGAACAUGAACAAUAAAUAUUUAUACUAUCUUAACUGCGA